AUGAAUCUUGUUCAAGAAAAAAUGAUUGAAAUCCUCGAAGAUGGUGAAGCCUGUCCUGAAACAGAAAAUAGUAAAGAAUUUGCAAAGGAAAAAUUUGAAGACUGGGUUGAAAAUUAUUAUGAUAGACAGGAACCUGAAAAUACUAGUUUAGUAGGAGAGAAAAAACGUGUUCUUCUAAUUAUUAAAUUACAAGAAGAGAGAAAACUUUCAACCAGGGAUCUUGUCACCGAGGUCAACCUUGAAUGCCUCGAAUCUGGCAUCUCGUUCAAGGCCAUGGAUGGCUCACGCAUCGCAUUGAUAUCCAUGUUUAUCGAUUCUAAAGAUUUUGAUAAAUUCGUUUGUGAUAGAGCGGUUUCGGUCGGUGUGAAUAUCUCUUCGCUGAACAAGAUUCUCGCUCGUGUGAAUGACAACGUGAGCAUGUUGCUCAAGAUCGAUCAAGAUUCUCUUGAUAUUAUUAAUAUUGA